CUUCAAUUGCUCAAAGAUAUAUUCACCAGCAGCGUCUCAUCCGGCAAUAUCUUGACAAAUUGAUAAUUAGCCCUGCCCACUGCCCUAGUAAGAGGCAGAGCUGAUACACAAUCGCCAAUCUUUACUCACACAGGCCCAAGCUGAGAUGGCAUUAACUUCAUCCACAACCACUAAUAGUAACAACAAACAUGCUUUUGAUCCAUUCACCACUCCAGACAAAGUAGAAAAGAAGGUCACUCCACAUCCAAAAUCAAUUAGAUCAAUCAAAUCAAACAAGUCAUCAAACUCAAAUGAGCCAAUUAACUCUUUAAAGCCAAAUGUGGAUUUGAAUAAGAUUACAAAAGCUGCUAAAAAUACCAAAAUCAAAAAAUCGAAAAAGACACUAAACCAAAACUAUCCUAACAAUAAUAACGCCGUUGAAAUUAACAAUAACAACAAUCAAAACGUAAUAACCUUUGAUGAAUUAAAUACUUCUAUGGCAACAAUAGCGUCCUCAAUUGCCUUUUCAAUGACUUCUUCUAAAAGUGACCGAGACCCAAAUUAUGAUAUUGAUGUUGAAUUGCCUGGCAAUGAUACAACCUUGACAAGUAUCAAUGAUAAUGUUCAGGUUGAUAAGAAAGUGAUCAUGUCUAAAAAUACAAUGAAAGAAGAAGCAGAAAUGGAUACAAAAGAAAUUGAAGAAAACAACAACAAAACCAAAAACAAAAUUGAUAAAAUGGAAAACGAAAAAAAAACUCAGCAAGCACUCAAGAAAAAACAAAAACAAAAAGAAAAACAAAAAUUUAUAUCUCCCGAUAAUGAGGUGACCCCAUCUUUGCAAAAUCUAAAUCUAUCAAAUUAUGAUAAAUUGAAAAUCGUAGGGAAUGAACUAUGUAACAUAACAAAUGAAUUUGAUCAUUUGGAUAAUGUGGAUCACAUUAAAAACUCAGAUAUAAUUGAUGUAAAAAGAAAUUUACUAAAUGAUCUACAAUCGCUUGAAAAUUCCGAUAAUGAUAAUGAUAUCAAUGGAAAAAAAAAUAAUGAUAAAAAUAAUAGUAACAAUAAUUAUGGUAAUAAUAAAAAUCAAAAGGAAAAUCAAGAUAAAAAUGAUAAUAACAAAAAUAAUAAAAAUAAUAAUGAUAUUAAUGAUAACAGUGAUAAUGGUAAUGAUAAUUCUUUUGAUAUUAAUAUUGAGGAAGAAAAUUCAAAUAUUAAUAACUUAUUAAAAAGGAAUAACAUAUUAUUUGAAGAUUUCAAAACAGCAUUGAAAAAUUCCAAUAAAUUUAUUAUUAAUACUGAAAAAAAUAAUGACCCAACAGAUAAUGAAUUGUUUGAAUUAUUUAAAAUAAAUCAAGACAAAAUACUAAAUGAUUAUAGAAAAUAUAAUGAUGAUGUAAUGGUAAAUUUAUUAAAUUCUUCAAUUAUAAGUAAAAGAUCAUCAUUAGAUAAAGAAAAUAAUAAUUACAAAAACAACAAAAAUGAAAUUGAAAAUGAAAUUGAAAUUGAAAAUGGAAUUGAAAAUAAAAAUGAAUUAAUUAAAUUCAAUUGGGAAAAAUUAGGAGCUGUUUAUGAUUAUAUCUUUGAAGAUUAUGAAAAGUCAAUGAAUGAAAUAAUUAAAAACUUUGAAAAAUUGGAUAAGAAGCGCAAUAAUUGGAUAGAUAGUGCAUUAUUUAUUGAUGAUCAAAGAGCAACAAAAAGAUUGCAAAUUCAACAAAAUUAUAUAAUUUUAAAAGAAAAUUACAUAACUCAUGUUAAAAAAAAUUUAAUCAAAUCAAUUAAAGUAAUAUCAAAAGUUAUUACAUCGUUAAAUAGUUAAUAUUUCUACCCUUGAAAAGAGAGAGAAAGAGAUUUUAUACAAGUGCUAUUUAAUAAUUAUGCUAUAUACACUGAUAAAAACAGUACAUAAAAAAAAAUGAAAAGU